AUGAUUGAUAUCGAAUUUAUUGAUAGUGAUGAUGAGUAGCAAAAACCAGCUCAAAAUCAAUAACCUAUAAAUAAUCAGGUGAUGCAACAGGAAGAAACUCCCUCCCCCAAUAUUUUCGCUGUCGUUAUAAUCAACUAAUAUAGCAAUAAAAUUCAGCAUAUUAUAUCAAGAAGAGAUGUGAUCACAGUAAUAGAACAUAUAGUCAUCAAUAUGCUUAAAGGAUCGAUGAAAUAAAUACGGCCUACUGAUGUCAAAAUAGAACCUAUAUUAUCAACUUCUGUUUAAAAAGCUUGUUGUUUGUUAGAAGUGAAUGAAAACAUGGUUUAAUAGUUACUAGAUUCUUAAUUGAAUUUAUCUUGUAAUGAUAAAGACCCAUAGAAGGGAUUAAUAGUAAGUUAUGAGUUUAAAUUUUUUCGAUUUAAUGAAUUCAAUCAAUGCAAUUUGUUAAGCAACGGAAAAUUUGUAAAGGAAUUCUGUGUUAUCAGACCUUAUUAAGAGACUUAGAGAUUAACAUCUAUAAUUUUGGCCAUUAAUAAAAUGGAUUAAUAAAUUUAUGCGGUUAAAAAAGUGAGAUUAACAGGGGAGUUCAGUUGGCAGAGGUUGUUUUAUAAUCAGAUCACAUAGAUAAGAGAAGUCAAAGCAAUGCUACGACUCUAACAUCCAAAUGUAAUUAGAUUGUACAGUUGGUGGGUAGAGCAGGAGAUUAACGAGAAAAAUUAAAAAUUUUUUUAUCUUUAUUUACAAUAAGAAUAUGAUUCCUAUUUGGGUUGCAAUGACUUAUUACAAUUCAGCGUGAAUUAUCUAUCAAUAGUACCAGUGGAAUAAAAGAGGAAGACCCUGAAAUCUUUGAUUAGUUAAUUAAUUAAUGGCUUGGAGUACAUUCAUGGUUAAGGGUUCUUUCAUAGAGAUUUAAAAUUAGAGAAUGUUCUCGUUACAAAAGAUAAUAGUGGAGAGGUUGCUUUAAGAAUUUGUGACUUUGAUUGGAGCAAAACACAUUUGAAUGAUGAUGGAUAAAAGAUUAAUUGGUUAAUACUUAGUAAAGAAUGUGGGACUGUAGAAAUUAAUAAUGUGAUGUAGAGGAGAGGAAUUGUAUAUGAUGCAAAAGCAGAAUUGUUUUAGGUUGGAAUUAUAAUAUUAGAUCUGUGCGAUCCAAUAUGUGGUAAAGAGGAAAGAAUUUAAAAUCAUAAGAAUGCGAAAAAUAACUAAUUUAGACCUCACAUUUCCGAAUAAUAUAAACCAGAGUUACAACUUAUCCAAGCGUUAUUUAAUAUGGAAUUUAAAUCAGUUUAAGAGUUUAAAAACUCCCCUCUUUAUAAUAAGUACAUGCAAGGGUGA